AUGGCGGAUCACUAUGUUCCUGUACCAGGAGGACCAAACAACAAUAAUUAUGCAAAUGUAGAGCUUAUUCUUGAUAUUGCUAAAAGGAUCCCUGUACAGGCUGUGUGGGCUGGAUGGGGACAUGCUUCAGAGAAUCCCAAACUGCCUGAAUUACUGCACAAGAAUGGCAUUGCUUUUAUGGGUCCACCUAGUCUGGCAAUGUGGGCAUUGGGAGAUAAAAUUGCAUCCUCAAUUGUUGCCCAAACAGCUGGAAUCCCUACGCUCCCUGGGGAGUGGCAGUGGUUUAACAGUAGAUUGGCAGGAGAGUGAUCUUAAAAAGCGUAUAUUAAGUGUACCGCAAGAGGUUUAUGGAAAGGGCUAUGUAAAAGACGUGGAUGAUGGAUUAAAGGCUGCUGAGCAAGUGGGAUACCCUGUAAUGAUAAAGGCAUCUGAAGGUGGGGGAGGAAAAGGUAUUCGCAAAGUGAACGUUGCAGAAGAUUUUUCCAACCUUUUUCGUCAGGUCCAAACGGAAGUUCCCGGUUCUCCAAUUUUUGUGAUGAGAUUGGCCAAGCAAUCACGGCACCUGGAA